AAGCAAAUUCCUUUUUCCCUUAAGCCCUUAACAAAAUUGAGCCCUAGUAAAUGAUGGCAAACACUAUACCAAUUUCCUUCUGCCUUUUCACCCUUAUUUCCAUUAUUAUCCAAUUUGCCAUUGGAAAUGCACAACCUUCAUGCAAUGGUCUGUGCCAAACCCUAAAUGACUGCGCCGGUCAAUUAAUAUGCAGCAACGGUAAAUGCAACGAUGACCCUCGUGUUGGAUCUCAUGUCUGCAGCGGCAGUGGUGGUGGCAGUGGCGGUGGUGGCGGAGGAGGAGGUCAAUGCCGCCCGUCAGGCACCCUACACUGUCGCGGAAAAUCUUAUCCUCAGUACUCGUGUUCUCCCGUCGUCUCCUCCUCGACACCAGCCAAACUCACCUUGAAUGAUUUCAGUGAGGGUGGGGAUGGCGGAGGGCCAUCCGAGUGCGACAAUAAGUACCAUAGUAAAUCCGAAAGAGUUGUUGCAUUAUCGACUGGAUGGUACAAUGGCGGAUCGAGAUGCGGUAAAAUGAUACGUAUAGUUGCGAGAAACGGGAGGAGUACGACGGCAAAAGUAGUGGAUGAGUGUGACUUGAGGAAUGGGUGUGACAAAGAACACGCUGGUCAGCCACCGUGUCUUAACAAUAUCGUUGAUGGUUCCGACGCUGUCUGGAAAGCCUUAGGACUCGACGAGGACAUCGGUGUUGUGCCUGUCACUUGGUCCAUGGCUUGAUUCCUACUACUUAAUUAGCUAGUGAACUAUAUAUGUUGUUCCUUUGUGCUUGUCCUCUUUUACUUAUUAGCAAAAUAAAUAAAAAAGAUGAGACCUCAUUAUAAAUAAAUAUCGGUAUUAUUAUUUAUUAAUUAUAA